CCAAAGAAGAAGAACUUCACUUUCAGCUAAACUAAUAUCAAAUUUAUUUACACACCAAAAUCAAAAAAACAUAUGCCGGGAGCCGUGAGAAGGAGGUUUGCUGAAGAUUAAAUUAGUCCGUUAGUGUGGUGAACGGUAUUUAUCAGUAGCGGUAGCUGGCUAUAGUAGCUCAGCCUAGCUUUGUUUACAGUGCUAGUGCUAGCUCUGUUCAAGCAGCUUUGCCUGUGACAGUGGCUUUAUAUCAGCAUAGAAAAGCUUUGAAACUGUAGAGUUCAUCUUAGCGGCCUGGCAUCAUUAUAUGUGACCUCAAAUUUACUGUCAUUUGGCUGAAAGAGUUGUGUUUGUCCCUGUGCUACAACAUCAGUAUGGGUAUGUGUUUACCCUGUCUGGGUGGAGCUGGAGAUGAUGUAGUAGUCACACCAGACCCUGAGACAAGGAGAAGACAGCUAGCAGAAGCUGCAGAGAAGAGACAGAAAGAGAUUACCUACAGAGGUAUCAAAAACCCGGAAGCCUUGGAGAGGAAAAAGAAGAAACAGGAAGAAACAGAGAAACAGACCAUGAACUCUGUUCCUGCUGGAGGCGGGGGGCUAAGGUGGCAGGUUGGCUAACACAGGCUGAAGGGAAGAUCACUGGUGUGUCUACAUCGGGGAUCAACCUUGAACCUUCAUCUGCAGUAUUUCCCGCUGACUUGAGAUUCUUAAAACUCUUUUUGCUUUCUUUCUUCAUUUUGAAGUGUACACUAGCCAGGGGAGUUUGCAUAGAGACUGCCAAGCUCUUGCACAAAGCUAAUCCUCCAGCUCUUCUGAUUCGCCAGAGUGCAUUCAGGCCACGCCCCUUUAAUGCCAAGUUGGGCUAGCUUGUGGUUUCCUGGGGUACCGAUUUUAGCAAUUAAUGAAUUUUUUCCACAACCUAUUGCAUUUAUGUUCAUGCAUCAUUUUCACACGCAGCUUUUGUACCAAUGUGCUCUCUAUUUUUGACAUUUUUGACAUUUUAAUACACAUUUAUACAACUGAAAAGCAUGUUUUAUAUUGGAUUUUGGGUCAUUUAAUCCAUAUUUAGCCGUUUAUAUUUAAGCAUCAGUUACCAGUGUGUUUUGGUUUUUAAGCUCAUAGGAUUUUUCAAUGAGCAAGUGGGAAAUGUUGUGAUAUUUAAGAGUGAAGUUAAACGUGAAUGAAGGAUUUUCUGUCAGUUAGCACUUUCACUGCCUGUUGAU